UAAAUUGUGAUCCGAGUGCUCCAAUAGAAGCUGUUCCGCAUACAGGAAAAUGCUUGCGGCGCGUUAGAAAAUAUUGAUUCAAUUUCUUUUGAGUCAAAAAUAAUUGCAAGCAUUAGCUAGUUUUUCGCAAGAUUUUUUAUCCAUAGUUGCCAGCAUCCAGAAGCAAAAUGGCGUCGACAGAACACGUUCCAUCGAUAGAGCUGAGUGAGCUAGAUCUUCCAGCCGAACUUCUUAAAAUUUUCGAAGCGAACAAUUUUACUGUAGAGAGGCUGGCUAACAUUUCUCGCGACGAGCUGCUCGAAACUCUCCAAAUAGACGAGGAAGUUUGGAACGUCGAUGAAAUUUUCCGCCGCAUAACAGAAUGGCGAAAGACUAACGGAUACGAUCUAGUUACAUUUUCAAAUGUGUAUGUAGAGGAAUGGGACGGCGAGGAAAUAUUAGUAGAAACAGAGGAGCACAUUGUUACUACGCCACCGGUAGACAGUGAGAUUGGCCUAGAGGAAUGUACUGAAAUCGCUAACUCCGACGCUGUUCCCAACGUUCCGGAAGCCAACGACAUCAGCAACGAAAGCAAAACGAAAAUCGUACUAUGCCGGACACCAACGAAUCUUACAGAACCGAGCUGUGAAAGACAGAUCAGAGUACUUCAAGUCAAACCUAAAUUCGAGAGCCAACAGGAAAGCAAAACACCAGCGACUGUAGAAGAAGUUCGCUUUCCAUCGCGUAAUACAACAUUGUUUGUCGGAGAUACCAGUAGUCUUCAAUCAAUCGAAGGUACCAAGGGUCAAACUUUUUCACACCAAAUACUAGCGCCUGCAGAAGGAAUUAGCUGUUCGCGGUUAACCGAAAUAAUCCCUCGAGUACACAACGAGAAUUAUUCACCGCGAUAUCCGGAAGCUGAAGUCAAAUUCUUACCACGUUUCACAAAAUUUCCUAUAGAAGAAUCGGGCUUUUCGAGGGCAGUCGAAGGUGGAAAAACUCACCUAGCUCAAUGCCAAGGUCCUGUAGAGGAACCCCGUUGUUCGCAAGCCGCUGAAGUAAUCCACAUUAAAACAGAAAACCACAAGAAUUCGGAAACCAACGCGUCCAGUGCCCCAGUGACACAACCUGGCUGUUCACGAUCCUCCGGAGUAGUCCACAUCAAGACCAAUAUCCAGAACAAUCCUUAUAAAAUUUCCAGCGGAGCUCGAUCUGUACAAUACAAGAUAGCAUCACCUAUCCAGGAACCAAAUUGUUCCAACCAACCAGAGAAGAAAGUCCGGAGUAGACCUGAUUUACAGCACGAUUCAACACCAACAACAAGCGGUAAUGCCUGCCACGUGCAAAUCGCACCACCCGAUCUACCAGCGCCUGCAGAAGGACCGAACCAUUUAUCAGUCACCGAAAUAGUCAACAUUAAUACCGUGAGUAUUGGAGGCAAAACCCAAUCUGUACCAAGCAAUACAUUAGCAUCUGUAGGAGAAUCGAGCAAUUACGGAAACGAUGUACAAAUAGUAUCAAGCAUCACACCAGCGCAUGUAGGAGGGCCGAGCUGCUCAAAAGCAUUGGAUCAAGUUGGCCAAAAAAUAUUGAUAAAAGCUGUUCAAAGAUUCAGUGUUCAAAUCUUGGUUGAACUAUUGAACAGAACUAUUACAGGGAAGGAGAUUUUGAAGCGAGGAGCACGAGGUCCUCUAUCAAAUGAAAGUCAGCGGGAGCUGGUUGGAAUUAUCGCCGAUUACCAUAAUAGCUUGGGCAUUGCGGUCAAAGAAGAAGUCCUUCGUGACUACAGUGAAGCAAUAAUAACUCAAUUCAAACACGAAACAUUGGACACGUACUUUGUAGCACGAAGUGGAAAGCGAAAGAACCACGGUGGUAAACUUUUUAAUAGAAUAACUAACCUGAAACAAAAGUUAAUCAAACGAGCGUUUAAAGAAGAGGAACAUCUGUAUGGGAAACAAAAUCAGAUUGAUCCAUCUACUGUGAGCAACCCAGCAGCAAAGGAAGCAGUAUUGUGGUUGGAAAGAAAUUAUCGUCCAUGGAGCACGGUUUUAGACAAAUGGAUCGAGUCUUUUGAAAGCCGAAAACCCAAACUGCUGAACUGUGCAAACGUCGAUGAGAUUCUCACAACACAUCGACAUUAUUCCGAUGAACAUGGAUAUCAGAUUGUAAGUAAAUUCUAUACACCAAGGUACAGUCUGUAA